AUGACUAACGAACAUCAUCCAUCAUGGUCAUUCAUUAGUCUUCGCUGUUGUAUGAUUUUGUUAUGCAUUUCGAUGGUCAUCAUUCAGGUUAGUCAAGCACUAAACGAUGAUUUAUUAUCCUCAUCAUCGCUUGAAGAGAACCAUGAACAUCAAUUAUAUCGUCGAUCUUCAAAAAAAGUUGCAAAAAUGUUACAACUAAUGCUACAACGUGGCGAAAUGCAAGUCGAACCUUAUCGUAUUCAUAGAUUUCUCGAUAGAAUUAAUCGUCGUAAAUCUAUUGAUCAAAUGAAAAAUUCCAUGUUGGAUUAUUUUUAA